ACCCGCGGCAUCGAGCGCACAUAAUAACUGCUCUUUAUAAUCCCUCCAUUUAUCUGUUUUUGGAUUAAAAUGUCCCGGAAGCACUAUAUUGUGCGACACAAAAAUGUCUUCAAGGAAAAAGAAACAAAAGAAAAAUUUUACUCUUAGAUAUUCAGAGGCAACAGAAAACACUGUAACCCGGACAAAAAGUGCGCCUAAGGAUGCCCUUAGCCAACCAGCUCCAGGCCUGUCCCAACGCGAGAAGCUCCUGUGGCUGCAGAAACGUCGCAAGCCCGGCUUAUGGGUGCAAUGCGAUGACUGUGACCGCUGGCGGUACCUUGCUCAUGUCAUCGACAGCCACGAAUUACCGAAGAAGUGGUUUUGCCGAAUGAACCCAGAUCCCACCAUGGUAAGCUGCUCUGCUCCCGAAAUUCCGAUACCAUUGAAGGACGAGGAAGACCUGAUCUACAGUGAGUACUCCGCUGGGUCGGUGGUCUGGGCGCGCCUACAGGGCUGGCCAUGGUGGCCUGCUAUGGUUGACGAUUGCCCUGACACGGAACGUUUUUAUUGGCUAGACGGUUUCUCUGACAUACCCACUCAUUAUAACGUUGUAUUCUUCGAUGCCAUCGAAGUCACACGAGCUUGGAUUAAAUGUAAUCAACUGAAACCAUUCAGUGCCAAUAAGAAAAAUUUUAACUAUUUAUUUAAAGACAAAAGAUAUAAACAACGGUUAGAAGUAGCCGUGAAACAAGCUGAUGAUGCUAAUAUGUUACCAUUGAAACAUCGUCUAUCCAAAUAUUGUUUCAUAACCAGAUACACCGGAACAAUUAUUAAUCCUAAGAAAAUAAAGAAGAAAACAUUACAAAAAUUUAAAAAUCAAUUAAAAAGAAAGCUAAAUAUUGAUUUCUCCAGUGAUAGCACCAGUGAUACAGAUAACAGUUCAGAACUUGAGAUGACUGUAUCCAAAGAUGCAUCUGUUAAUAAAUCUAAUAUUAUUCUUUUGGGGACGCCGAAGAAAACAAAAGAGGCAGCGAAUAGUAAAGCUAAUAGCAAUAAAAUUGUCACUCGUAAAGAAAUUCUCGCAGAUAAUAAUUUAUCUGAAGACAAUGUCACUAGUACUUCAGUUAUGAAAACAAAAUAUGAAGACAUACCGCCGGAUUCAAUGACCGUGCAAAUAAGUAGCUCCGAAAUCGAUAACUCCAGUGUUGACGGUGUGCACAUGACCAGCAUUGAUAAGGAUACUCCGGGAUCACCGCGUCCGUCUAACCAAAACGUCAUACAUGUUUCAUCACCAAACAGCGAUGAUUUUGAUUUUUAAUUAUAAUUUUUUUUUUAUGUUAUCUACCUUUGAUGUUAGAGUAUAAGAUUUAUCUUAAUUGCAUAUUGCAUGGUCUUUCUUUAUAUGUCUUUAUAAUAAUAAGUACUAACAUGUAUAAGUUAGAUAUAAUUUAUUUAACUAAUAAAUAAUAUAAUAAACUUCUUUAAAGGUU